AUGAAAAAGGAGACGAAGCCGCUGUGGUUCGAGAACCCGGACCGGUUGGUUGAGGAGCUGAAGCCGGAGGCGUGCCACGUGGAAGCCUUCGCCGUCGAAAAGUGCCUGAGGGACAGUGACUUCGACGUGCGGAGGUGUCUUGACGAAGUGGCGACCUUGCACGCCUGCUGUGGGGUGCACCAAUACAAGUCGAAACACUGCGCGCCCAUGUCGGGGCUCUUGAAGGAUUUAUUCAAACCGGGGGAAGAGGAGAACAUUCUGCAACAGGGAACUAUGAAACCGGCGGAAGAGGAGGGGACGCAACAAGGGAACGGAAGAAAGCAGAGGAACGCAGGCAAGCCGGAAAAGGAUAGCAAGUGA